UGUCCUACUCUGCCAGUUGUCCCGUGUAUUCUGCGAAAUAUUGAGUUUUUAACAAUCUCUCUGUGUUGCAGCGUCAUGUAACCGGUGUCACUCGCGCCGCUCAAGAACAAAAAUGCUGCAAGUGAAUCGCAAUCCGGCUCCAGAGAUUUUUAAGGUUCCGAGGACACCUGAGAAAUCCCCAGUGAAUCCUGGACCGCAUGGCCAUGGCAACUCCUUCAGCAGCGGAUCUCCUCCGGUCAAGAGUCCAGUCAAGCGGAGUGGAGAGAACCUCUCGGCGUCCGGCUCGCCGCGCAAGAAGAGGAAGAAUGGAGAGCAGCUGCCGCAGCCGAAGAAUCCCGUGGCGCUGCUGAACGAACUCCGCCAGGGUCUGACGUACACGCUGGAGGCGCAGACUGGCCCCGUGCAUGCUCCAUUGUUCACAAUAAGCGUGGAGGUGGACGGACAGACGUACACUGGACAAGGACGGAGCAAGAAAAUGGCAAGAUUGGCGGCAGCGGAGGCAGCUCUGAGGAGUUUUAUCCAACUGAAAGAUGGAGCCAUCUUGUCGCCUCUGAAGCCCACCAACAACGUGGACUUCACCAGCGAUGAGCACAUUGAAAACGGUACAGCAUCCGAUACUGACUUUGAUACUGAAAUCCUCACUCUCAUUCAGCGUAGCUUAGAAAGCAUUAGCCAAAGUAAUUGUAAGCCGGAGUGGUUGAUGCGAUACGAAAAGAUGAUGCGUCGGAUGUCGGCCGUGGGAAGUCAGAAGGCCAUCCCGGAGAAAGGUCCUGUGAUGCUCCUCUACGAGCUCUUCAACGAUGUAAAAUUCGAGUGUGUGUCUUCAGAUGGGCACCAGCACUCGCGCUUCAAGAUGAUCGCCACGGCCAACAACACCAACUUCGAGGGCACUGGGCCGUCGAAGAAGCUGGCGAAGAAUGCAGCGGCGAAGGCUGCUCUUGCCGCCCUGUGCAAUAUUUCCUACAGCCCUAUGCAGGCGCAACUGCCAAAAUCCACCAUCGCGAGCAUCAAUUACAGCGACAAAGAGUGCCCAGAAUUGGCGCAAACAAUUGCCGAUGGGAUAGGAAAGCUCGUGCUGCAGAAGUUCACGGAGAUAAUGGUGGGUCAUGAGGUGUACUCGAGGCGCAAAGUGUUGGCUGGCAUUGUGAUGACGUGCGGUCCGGAUCUUGCACAGGCGAAGGUGAUUUCCGUGUCGACAGGGACAAAGUGUGUCAAUGGUGAAUACAUAAGCGUAUCUGGCUCAGCAGUGAAUGAUUGUCAUGCAGAGAUUGUGUCACGUCGAUGUCUCGUUGAUUAUCUCUAUGGUCAGUUGAUGAUGCAUUUGACCGAUGAGACAGCGUCUGAUUCAAUAUUUGUGCGACCACUAAAGUCAGGUGAACUGUAUCAGUUGAGGGAGAACGUCCAAUUCCAUUUGUACAUAAACACGGCACCGUGUGGCGAUGCGCGGAUAUUCAGCCCGCACGAGGAGGAUGCCACGCUGGGCAUCGAUAAGCACCCGAAUCGCAAGGCGCGCGGGCAGUUGCGCACGAAGAUUGAGUCUGGCGAGGGGACGAUUCCCGUGAAGAAUAGCGACGGUAUCCAGACAUGGGAUGGUGUGCUGCAGGGCCAGCGCCUUCUCACCAUGUCAUGCUCGGAUAAGAUUGCCAAGUGGAAUGUGUUGGGCGUCCAAGGUGCACUGCUGGCUUCAAUAAUCCAACCAAUCUAUUUGACAUCAAUCGUAUUGGGUAGUUUAUUGCAUCCAGCACAUAUGUACAGAGCCGUGUGUGGACGCAUCGAGAAUUCCAUACAAAAUUUACCACCGCCAUACCAACUCAAUCGGCCGAAAUUGGCACUCGUAACGUCAUCCGAAAUGAGAAAUCCAAUCAAGGCGCCCAAUUUCAGUAUUAAUUGGACAUUUGGCAACGCUGAGGUGGAAAUUAUUAAUUCGAUCACGGGAAAGACCAUUCACAACAAAAUAUCGAGGAUCACCAAGCAAAGCUUCUUUGCCAGAUAUGCUAAAUUGAUAUCACAAUUGCCACUCAUUGAGAAGAGACAUGCGAUUGAUUGUGAUUACGGGGAGAUGAAGGCGUCCGUGAAGGAGUACCAGGUUGCAAAGCAAGAACUAUUCACUGCAUUUAAGCGUGAAGAUCUCGGGCACUGGCUGAAGAAACCCAUCGAACAGAAUCAGUUUAGCCUUCCACAAUGACUAGAUUGUAGGAUGAAUGUUAGUCUGCAAGGCGUAACUCUACUGGCUCAAUAUUUUCGUCAAAUCACACAACUAGCUUCAACCAUAAACAUUGGAUUAGUUGACUUCCAUUUGCUUAAGCUCUCAUACAUCAUCAUUACAUUAUUAAUUUAUCUUGUUCACAUCAUUGUAGUGAAAACACAUGAAAUAGUUUGCUCAGUAGACAUUUCUCUGGAAUAGAAAUCACCUAUUGAACUAUUUCACAAAGAUAACGAUAAAGACACUAAAAGAUGCACAGCACAAUAUUACGAGGCAGUCAUGAGUAUAAAAUUGGUAUUUUUUUCACUAUUUAACCCUUCAGUUUCAAAGAUAAAUUGUCUUGCUUAUUUUUUGAGAACAUAGAGACAUAAAAUGCAUAGUUUAACUGGAAGAGAAGAAAGUAGUAAUUAGAGAUUGAAGACAUCUGAAAUAUUAAGAAAUUAAAAAAUCUUGAAAUCUGUUGAUAUUAGCACGAAUUGGAGAAAGUUAAGGAUUUUAAAGAGUGCAAAUUUCUUCAUUAGAUUGUGAAAUGUGACUUAUAGCUAUAAAUUUUCAAGUAGUUCAGUAAGUCAAUUAUAUUUCUUGUAAAAUAAAGUACAGAAUAAGUUUGCUAAUAGAGACUAAAUAGUUUUCUCAUUUCUCUUUUGCCUUUUUACUGCGAUAGGUUGUAAUAUUUGAUGAGUUCAUUGGAUGAAAAGGAGAAACUUUAAGAGAAUUCAACAACAAUAAUAAGAAAUUCUUGUGCUUUAUUAUAAAUAUAAAUAAUAAUAUAGAGUAUUUAAAGACAUUUUUAAAAUUAAAAAAAAAUAUUUCAUAUUGAAAUGCUUCUUACGCAAAACAUUGAGAUACUUUAGUAGGUGAUUUGCAUUAUUUCACUUCUUUGUGUGUGUGUUAAGGAUCGUUGAGGAAUUUUGUAUAUAUAAAUUAAAGCAGAAGCUAUUAGUUUUACGAUUGAUUUAUCAACUCAACAAGAAAGAAUUACGAAAGGAAAAAGUCACCAAUUUUAUACACUGUGAUAUUGUGCAAAUAUUUGCGUUUGUUUCUACUUUCAUAUAUGAAAUAAAGAAGAUGAUUAGCUGCUAAAUAUAAAUAGUCAAUUUGAGGACUUCCAUUCAAGAAAUUCUCUGAGCAAAAUCAAUUCUUGUGUGAAGAGGAGGUGAGAAGAAGGCAGAAAAUUGCAAAAAUUAUACUAUAAAUACAAGAAUAUCUUUCAUUAGUUGAAAUCAUGUUAAAGUGAGAAAAUUUUUUUUGAGAUAAAGUAGUUUCAGGACAUUUACAAUAUUUAAGUAAUGAAAGUAGAGAUUUAAUGAUAUUAUCCUUAUAAUAAAUAAAAUGAUAUCUUUCCAAAAAAAACAUCACAUUAUAGUUCUAAACUAUAUUAGGCAAAACAAAUUUACAAUACCUAUAUAUAUAUAUAAAUAUGGAUAAUAUUAUUUAUUUAAGGGCAUUCAUAGGGCGUUCCAACUAAACUUGAAAGUGAGAAAGUGCAGCAGAAACAAUUUGUGAAAAUGUUACUACUUCUACUACUUAGAGAAGAAGCGUAAAUUCAAAACACUAAAAGUUGACAAAAAGACAUUGUAAGGAUUCUUGAAAGAUAGCAGAGGAGAGAAAUAGUUUAUUGUCUUCAAUUUUCUCAAUAAUACGAAGAAGAAGCUCGAAUGUCAGAUAUAGAGUGAGAAUAAAGAAUUACCUAAACAUUACUUAUUAAGGUGAAAUACCAAAAUAUACAAAAUAACUGAUAUUAUACAACUUGAAUUGCAAUUGAACGUAGCGCGAUUGAAGGAGAGUUUGAAAGUCAUAUUCAAAAAAAAAAAGAAAAAUUAGAUCACAUAAUCAAUUUCAAUUAUUCCUAGUGGAUUACGAAAGAAAAGUUCUAAUACAUAGAGAAGACUCAAUUCUUGAUAUAAUUAAUAAAUUACCUUAUAACUUUUCUUCAGACAAA